CACGUGGCCUUGGGAAUAGUCAAAAACCCAAUCACCACUAGCCGCAUAAAUCGCCCAAAUAAAACCCAAUCGCCACUAUUCAGAUCUAAACCGCCCAUUCAAAAUUUUUCGUCGUCUUCUUCGUGAAAACUCUCAAGAACCCUAGGUCUUUCUCUCUAAAAUUCUCAAUCAAAUUUCUGAGAAAAUGAAGGUUGUCGGCGCUAAUAUUCAUUUCCAGAAGUUAGAAGCCAAGUGCUCCUCAUCGACAUUCUUUCAAAGCUAUCUGGAAAUGAUAGCCGCUCAAGAACUCUCAAAAAUUCUUCAAAUGGAGAUUCGACUCAAAUUCGAGGAAGAAGUUCUUGAAUUCUACAGAAAUGGAGAAAUCAAAACUGCUCAUUCAAAGAAGGACCCACAGCGGACAUUUCCUGUCAUCAAGUCCACUGUUGGAGGUACGAAAGUGAAGCUUUCACAGAGGAAAUUGGGAGAAAAGCUUCGCCUUCCCAACUCUGGGAUUGAAAUUGGGAAAUUUCCAGCCAAAAAUCUGGACUGGAACAUCAUUGGAAUUUCUGGGCAAAUUCCUUCUGGCCCGGCAAAGAAAGCAGAUCUAAACAACGACUACAAGUUGAUUUUAGAACUGGUCAUCGCCUGCCUCGAGUGUGGAAGUGGAGGUCACGCCGAUGACAUCACUCAGGAGAGAGCCUUCAUCAUCAACGCUCUCAUUACCAAAACUAAGAAGAAGAGGAAAAUCAACUCUCCAUCAACAUCUAGAAAUGUCAAUCCGGAUGAGUUGAAGGAGAAGGAGUCUGCUGAGGAAACCUCUGCCCAAAACCGGAGUACUCAACAACUUGAAGAAGAAACUCCUCAAGUCCAAAGCCUUCCAACUCCCUCAUCUCAGCCUCAUACAGAUGAUGCUGACAACAAAUUCUGGAAGCUCUACUAUAAUUGGAGAGCUUGGAAAGUUGGAAAUUCAGCAGAGCAACUGUUGGAUUGGGAUCAACAACUGAAGAAUGAGGAGGUUAUCAAGAAGUGCUUAGGAAUACCAGUCAACCACAACUGUGAAGACAUUUUGAAUGACUACUGGGUAAGGCAAAAGAACCCUGAAGACCUGCAUAUGGAAUACUUGGCCAAUACACCAGUUUCAGACUGUGAAGCAGAUGAUGAAGACACUGCAGUCUUCAAGCCAGUCUUCUCAAAAGUCACAGAAGACCAAGUGGCUCUUACUUCUAUGGAAGCAGCAGUUGAGGAUUUCCAAACAUUUCCAGAAACCUCACCUGCCUUCGAAACGGAAACCUCACCUGCAUUUCAGGUAACUUCUCAUGCUUCUGAAAUGGUUCUAACUGAAGUUGUUCAAGAGAAGGCAACUUCUCCCCCACAAGAACAGAACCAGGAAACAACAGCAGAAGAAGAAAUUCAACAACUAAUCCAAUCUCAAGUUUUAGAGACUCUCACAACUCCUGGUGAGAUCUCCAAUUAUACAGAAACUGAGAUCCCGGAGAAGUCAGCAAAAAUUCCAGAACAGUCAGCUCUUCCAGAAACAAUAGAGCAAGCUGUUGAAGUGCAAAGGAACUCUGGAGAAGCUGAAAAGGAAACUCAAAUGGCAGAAGUGGAGGUUU